AUGUCGAUGGGAAACCACGUCGUGCGACGCAAAGGCAAUCAAAGGCCGUACUAUCUCGAUUUCGCAUUGCAGAUCCCAAGUUGGCUUCCAAAGUGCGCCCAGGUGGUUAGCCGAGAACAAAACUCCACACUGUGCUUGUUCCUUUCGCACCGACAGAAGCUUGUCGAGUAUGGCACUGCGCAGCGGCUCGAAGGCGGCCAUGGGCGACAGUUCAUACCGAUCUCGCAGAUCUACACAAGUGAUUUCCGGAGCAUCGGCAUCGCCGAAAUCUUCCUGUGA